CAAAUGUCGCUGCUUCCCCAAGACCUCUCCUUCUCUAAAACCCUGAACCCUGCAUUCUCUCUUUUCCCCAAACCCGAAUGCAGAUUUUCCCGCCAAAUUCCCCAAUUUUCACGCUUAAACAUUUGGGCAAUGGCCGGUCGAAGCAAGAAACCGAGACUAGAUGGGACAUAUCGACCGCCUAAGCGCAGACCAAAAUUCAGAACCGUUAACUUAGCGGAAGCCCCCUUUUAUCGUCUCAAAAACUCCAACAAGUCCCAUCCCGAUAAUUUCACAGAAGCGGAGCUCGAAGCCGUUGGGCUUGGCUACGACCGCAUGGUCCGGUUCAUGGAGAAAGACGACCCGGAUCUGCGACACCCUUAUGAUUGGUACAAGUAUGGCGAAUACGGACCCUACUCGUGGCGCGGAGUUGUCGUUGGCGAACCAAUACGUGGUCGUUUUAGUGAUGAACGCGUGACGAUUUAUGGGGAAGUGAAGGACCAUGAGGAGUGGGAGAGGAUUGAGCAACAUGAAAUGGCGGUUGAUUUUGGGAAUAGAUUGAAAUCGAUGGAUAAGAGUGCUGGGUUUAGGUACUUUUGGGUGUUUGUGAGACAUCCAAGAUGGAGAGUUAAUGAAAAGCCGUGGCAACAGUGGACUUUAGUUUCUGAAGUGGUGCUUGAAGCUGGAAAACAGAGGUUGGAUAAGUGGAGUUUGAUGGGUAGAUUGGGGAAUAGAGCUAGGGCUUUGAUUACUCAAUGUGCAGCUUGGAUGAGACCUGAUAUAAUUUAUGUUAAGAGGCCAGUUUAUCAGUGUAGGUUUGAGCCUCAAGAUGGGUUUUUUAGGGCUUUAAUGCCUUUUCUUGAUCCGAAGACGGAGGGGAAAUUUUUGUUUGAGUUGAGGAAUGAGGGUGGGAGUGUGGAGAUGUGUACUUAUUUUGGUGGGUUGUGUAAGAUUGUGAAAGUGAGUCCAAAGGCUUUUGUGGAUGAUGUGGUGAAAGGGUAUGAGAAGUUGAGUGACGAGGGGAAGUCAAGGUGUUUGGAGUUUUUGUUGGAGAAUCAUCCGGUGCAUUUGUUGCAUCCCUAUACGAAAGAGUGGAAGGUUAAGUUGGAGGAGGAAGAGCUAGGUUGUGAUGCCCCGGAUGAUGAUGAGGAUGUCCGUCAUGGUAGAAAUGCUGGUGAGACCGAGUUUGUGGAUUGGAUUGAGGAUGAUGCUGACAAUGAUGGCAAUGAUGAUGGUGAUUUGGGUGAUGAGGAUGAUGAACAGGAUGGUGUGGUUGUGGACAUGGAAGCUGGAGAUGAUGAAUUGGGAAUUGAAGAAGAGGAAUCUAGUCCGGAGGAGGAUGAGAAGUAUUGGGAAGAAGAGUUUAAUAAGGCGGUGAGUAAUUCUGAAAGAAUGGAGUUGCUUGCAAGACGAAGUGUGGAGACAUCUACUAAAAUGUAUAAGAAGCAGAUGGAGUCUACGGAAGCAAUGGAGAAGGAAAAUAUUGUUGAAGAUGGAGAUGAAACUGCUUUGUGGGGAAAGAGAGCCAAAGUGAGUCCUGAAGAAUGGAAGAAUGUUGGUUUGGGGCAAAAUAGGAGAAGGAUUAAGAAAAGUAGAAUUCCUCCCAAGUUGUUUUUGCGAGCAGCAGUUAGGCCUUUUACAUACAGAAACCUGGUAAAGGAAAUUGUUUUGACAAGGCAUGCAAUUUUGGAUGGUGAGAUUGGUGUUCAAGAAGACUAACAUGAAGGAUCUUUGCCUUCUCAUCCUUGAAGCCAACUUGAACAAGCAUUUAUGGCUUUAUCAGGCAGUAUAAUGGACUUGUCCACUUUGUAAAAAAUUUGGUGAACUUGUACCUUUUAGAAAAGUUUGUUUAGAGGUUGAGAGAGUUACCAAAAUGAAGAUUUAAUAGGAUUGUUAUGCAUCACCUUGAAUGAUAUACUGGAUUCUGUUCAGCUUUAUAAUUCUUGUU